AGCAGACAGGGGUUCUUCAAGACGCAUUUACCGAACAUGAAAAGCAUUUUAGAGAUGGAUUGGAUUGCAAGGUGGAAAAGUGGAGGGCAGCUCUUACUAAAGCUGCCAAUUUGUCAGGUCGGCAAUUGCUGAAUGAGGCCAACGGAAGAAGGGAUUCGGGAACUAGCCGAUCGGUGUCUCAUAAAAUACGACUGUCAUGACCAAAUUGUGAUGCAUGAUAUGAUUAGAGAAAUGGGAAGAGAAAUCGUGAGGCAAGAAUCUCUUGAUCCUGGGAAGCGUAGCCGAUUGUGGUAUCUUGACGAUGUCCUUGAAGUUCUGAGAGAAGGCAAGGGAACAGAAGCAGUUAAUGGCCUCCUCUUACAUGCUACAAAUGUCCAAGUGAAUGCAAAGCCAUUUGAAAAGAUGGACAAACUGUGGUAUCGUGAGCAUGUCCUUGAGGUUCAAAGAGAUGGCAUGGGAACUGAACUAGUUGAAAGGGGCCUUCUAAAGUUUAAUGAUCUAGAAGAUGUCCAAGUGAAUCCUAAGGCAUUUGAAAAGAUGAACAACCUGUGGCUGCUUCAUCUCGAUUACGUUCACCUAACUUCUGGUUAUGAACAUAUUUCCAAAAGGCUCUUAUGGCUAAGCUGGAAAGGCUUCCCUUUGGAUUGUAUACCGUGGAAUUUUUCUAUGGAGAAGCUAGUUGCUCUUGAUUUGCGUUAUAGCAGUCUUAGAAAAGUUUGGAAUGGAAAUAUGAUUAUGGACAAACUGAAGUUCCUUUACCUUAGUCACUGUCAUUACCUAACAAGAACCCCUGACUUCUCUGGACUCUACUCUCUUGAGGAACUGACCCUUAAUGAUUGCAAAAGUUUAGUGGAGGUUGACGAGUCUAUUAGAUGUCUGAACAAACUUCUUGUCUUAGAUAUGAAAAACUGUACAAAACUUUGGAAGCUUCCUUCUGGCAUUUGGAUGUUGAAAUCUCUCAAACGUCUUGAUCUCUCUGGCUGCUCUAAGCUAGGAAACUUAGCUGUAUUUAAAGGACCGCUAUAUAAAUUAUGGUGCUUAUUCUUCUCAUCUUGGACAUUGCCACCAAAGGGUGUGCAUUCUAUUGGGUUUUCACUCAUCUCUGUCCAGGCCGCCAGUUGCUUAAUGGAAUUAAAUCUGAAAGACUGCCAUUUGUCAUAUAUACCAGAGGAAAUAGGGAAUCUAAUCUCAUUACGGACUCUGGACCUUACACAAAACAAUUUGUGUACCUUGCCGGAGAGUAUCUGUAACCUUACUUGCUUGAAGCGUUUGCGUUUGGAAGACAACAACAUGUCACAUCUGCCUAGUGGAAUUGGGGGGUUGACGUCAUUAGAGAUUUUGAAUCUUGCAAGAAACAGUUUAUGUACCCUACCGGAUUCCAUUGGUAAGCUGUCUUGCUUGAAGGAAUUGUUUGUGGGAAAUAACAAGCUCUCACAUCUUCCUAGUGAAAUUGGGGAUUUGGACUCUUUGGAGACUUUGGAACUUCAGCGUAAUAAUGGUUUCCUUGCCUUACCGGAAAGUAUAUGCAAACUUGUUCGCUUGCAGAUAUUGAGUUUGUAUGACUGCAACUUGUCUCAUCUGCCCAAUGAAAUUGAUAGGUUGAUCUCAUUGGCGCAUUUGGAACUUCGACGUAACAGAUCACUUAUCUUGCCAGAGAGUAUCUGGCACCUUACUAGCUUGAACACCUUGGAUUUAGGCGACUGCAAUUUAUCCCAUCUUCCUAGUGGAAUUGGCGGGUUGGUCUCAUUAGAGAUUUUGAUUAUUGAGAAAAAUAAUAUGUGCACCAUACCAGAUAGUAUCAAUAACCUUCCUUGCUUGGAGAACAUCCGCUUGAAUGAUUGUGCAAAGCUUCGAUCUCUUCCAGAGCUUCCAACAUGAACUAUUGUGUAUGCACCGCGUUGUCCAUUAUUAGAAAGCCUACCACUUGAAUUGGAUCAGCUAGGGCGGCGGGUGGACUAUUCGGAAUCCAAUAAAGUAGCUGAGAACAAUUUUUUAACUAGUCUCUUAAAACAACUUCCCAAGAGUAAGGGGCUCUCUAAACUUCAGCAUGUUGUUUCUAUUUAUGUUCCAGUAGGGGAUGAGGUUCCUAUUUGGUUCCCGUACCAUGGUAGAGGGCCAUAUGUAUCUUUUGUGGUGCUGCCUUCUCCUUCUGUGAAGCAGAAAAUGUUGGGUUGGAUUCUACGCGUAUUAGUAUGGGCUCCUCGAGAAGCACCUUACCGACUCCACGAAAUACGUAUUGCAGUGGUGAUUUGCAAUAAAAUAAAAAAGGAAGUACUAGUAUUCCCUUUUCGUGUCAAUCCCUCCGAUGUAGAUCAUGUGUGGCUUCUGUAUAUACCACAGGGGUACAAAGGAUUGCAAUUAGAAGGCGGUGAUGAAGUGGAGAUCCCAAUAUAUGAAACUCAUCCUAACACACUGGUAAAGAACUGGGCAAUUGAUCUAAUUUACGAGGCUGAUGAGAUUCACAGGGGCAACGACACCUUGUACCGAGUGCUGUCAAUUUAGUAGUAACAAAUUCAACUUUGAAAUUAGGAGAGUACUCUUGCUUCACAAAGUGAGAUUUGGACUUCUCUUACUCUUGUUUUCAUCCGAUGAACCCACUGGAUUUUGUGGGUUGAACCCAGCUUUUCUUUUGUAAAAAAGAGAACUUUUUGUUUUCUUUUGUGUUAUUGUUUCUUAUUUGCAAGUGCUAAUUUGCUCAAAACAAGAACAAUUCAUUGAC